AUGAGUCAAUUGAAGCUAGAUCACCGUGGAAAACCUCUAAAUUCAGAAGUGAUGAACCAAGAAGGAGAAGAUGAUGAGAGCCCAUUAAACAGUUUACUGAAUGAUGUUCCAAAUUAUAUGCAACCUGACCCUAUAAAAUCUAAACUUAAUUCAGCUGUGAAAUCAGAUAAAAAGAAUAUCAAAGAUGAUUCUGUAAAUAUUAAAAAAAUUUCUUCUCGUUCUAGUGAUCAACAUCGUUAUCAUCAAAAAAAUAACCCGAAUAAUGAUGUAAAUCAAUCACAAGAUGAUCAUAAUUUAUCAGAGAAACAAUCAUUCAUUGAUAAAAAUUAUAAAUAUUGGCCACAAUAUCUUAGCUCAGAUUAUUUAGGUCCAAUGGAAAAAAAUUUUGAAUUCAACAAUUGGGAUUGGUUACGAUUAAAUGUACUUGGAUCUGGUUGGGAAGAUUUACUUAGAGAAAUACCAGUCAGUCGUAAGGAAGCAUUAAAUUUACUUGUUAUUAUGAAGAAGAAAUUACUUAGAGCAGCAAGUGAGCUGACAUUUUACAAAGAACGUGUUACUAUAUUACAAGAUCAAUUAAUUCAUCAAAAAAGGAAUGAAGAGAAAUUGAUUCGACUUCAAGCUGAAUUCAAAUCUCAAUCAUUAGAUUUAGAUAAACUUAACAAACAAGUCUCAAGAGUUCCAUUAUUGGAGAGAACAGUUAAACAACAAGAAGAACUUAUUUGUCGAUUAGAAACACUUCUUGAACGUCAAAGAAAACAAGCAUUAAAUGCAAAUCAUUCCAAUUAUUCAAUGAAUCCAUUAAAUACAUUAGAUAAUGAAUUAUUAGAAUCAUUUAAUGAUAAAUCAAUGAUCAAUUAUCCAAAUGUUCAUUCAAAUAAUUCAAUGACAACAAUUGCAUUAAGAAAUUUAUCUAAUGAAAAUGAACAAUUACGUAAUACUAUAACUGAAUUAAAUAGAACUGUAUGUAAUUUAGCUAAACAACAACAAGAUAAUAAUGAAUAUCAUCAAACUAUUGAACGAAAAUAUCAUGAAGAAAUUCAAGCAUUAAAAGAACAACAAAAUCGUUUAGAAGAACAAACAUUAUUGAAAAAUAAAAGACUUGAUCAAAUUGAAAAUGAAAAAUUUAGAACAGUACUUGCAGAUAAUGAACGAUUAGAAUUGUACAAAUUAUUGGAUAAUGCUGAAUUAAGAAUCAAAGCAUUAGAAGAAGAGCUUGAACGUCAAGAUAUUAGAGUACCAAGAAAUUCUAAUGAUAUAGGAGCUUCACGUAAAUCUAAUUUAUCAAAAGAAAAUGCUUGGAAAUACUCUGGUCCAUCCAAAGUACCACUUGGAACAAGUGAUAUAUAUGCACGAAAAUCCCUAGAGAAGCCUAUUCCAGAGUAUGAUUCGUACUAA